AUCUACAACUUCAUCGCCUUCACCUUAUGCAUUUUCAUAUAAUACAGCUGAUGUUGCUGGUAACCAAUUAGCUCGACAAGAGUCUGGUGAUAACAAAGGAGCUGUUAAUUUCCAAUUGGAUCAACAGUAAACAACAAAAAAUUAUAUUUAUUUGUGCCAAUGGAUCUAACAAUGUUUAAGCUUUUCAUAAUUUUUGCGAGUUUGGCUCUGGCUACUUGUGAAAUUAGUCAACAAAAGAUUACUGGAGAUGAGAGUGCAUCCAGUUCAGAUAGCCAAUCCACAGAAUCUUCAUUAAAAUCAAGUGAAUCUACAACUUCAUCGCCUUCACCUUAUGCAUUUUCAUAUAAUACAGCUGAUGUUGCUGGUAACCAAUUAGCUCGACAAGAGUCUGGUGAUAACAAAGGAGCUGUUAGAGGUUCAUACAGUUAUCGAGAUGAAGAUGGAUUGUUCCGUUCUGUUGAAUAUAUUGCUGAUGAAAAUGGAUUCCGAGCUGCAAUCAGAGCGAAUGAACCUGGACUUGGUGAUUCAAAUAAAGAGCUUCUAGCAAGCAUUUAUCACUUAACUGAAGCUACUCCAGCAAUGGUCGCCUCUAAAGCGGCUCAACCUCUUCUAGCGAGCAGUUCAAAAAACUUUCAUUACAACUGCUCCAACUCGACCCAAAGUUCCAUCAACAACCAGUACAAGGAUUGCGUUCUCAAGCUAUUCUGAAAUUAGUCAGCUCACAAGUUCUUUCAUAAACGACUAAAUUCACAUUUGGAGCAAUUACAUCAACAACCAAUACAAGUCCAACAACAGCACCUCAAUCAGUCGUUUUGGCUUCUCUUGGUCCAUCAAAAGUUCGAGUUUCUCCAAUAAAAAAUUCUUUGUACAGGCUUGCUCCUGUUGCUGCUGCCAGAGCUUCAGUUCGACAACAAAGAUUGCGUCCUCAAGCUAUUUCAAGAUUAGUCAGUUCACAAGUUCUUUCAUUACCUUCAACAACACCAACCACAACUACGACUACAACUACAACUUCAGCUGAGGCACCAAGAAAAAUUGCUGAGCAGAUAUCGAACGAUUGUCCAGUUCAAACACAAGAUACUUUUACAGGUACUAGAGCGCGAUUAUUUAUUUGAACCUAUAGCACUGUUUAUUAUAUGUGUCCGUAUAACUAGACUCUCAUCAAAAAUCUUGUGGUUAACUACAAACUAUUAUUUACAGUGACAGAUUAGCUGGACAAAAUUCUACUGAUUCUGACUGACGCACUAAAACGAAACAACUGUUGCUUUCGAAACUACCACUGUGUUUAUUUAUUUGAUGAUGAAUUGAACCUGAAGAUGAAUAUAACCAUUCGAGUACCGUAUCGGCGCACAUAAUUUCACGGUGAUUCAAAAUGGGCUCGCUCAAAUAACAGCACUUUUGCUGCCCAUUUAGACACUCAUGAGCUAUUAUUAAUGA